AUGAUUGUUUUACUUAUAUUUAAUUUCCUCUCUUUACUUUCCUCUAAAGAGACUGCACUUCAAGAGAUAAGUGUAGCAUUUGGUUGGAAUUGGAAUCUAACUGACCCUUGUGGAGUGAAUAGAUUAUUUUGGGUAUGUUCAAAAGAUCAAUUACAUCUUACAACCCUAGUACUACCAGGUAGCAAGACGAAUGAAGGUGUAUUACCAAGCAGCUUGGCAAACUUUAAGAGUUUGACCUAUCUCGGUGUCAAUCGUUACUAUGGUCUUUGGGGACCAAACUAUAACAUGUAUAUCCCAGAGUCUUAUUGGUCAACUAUUGGUGAUAAGGUUAACUUGUCUCAAAUUACAUGUGAAAAUAAUUGUAUUCAAUCAUUCCCUAGUAAUCUUGGAGCUGGGUUUCCAACUGCUUUAGAGAAUGUAUUUUUUGCAUAUUUAAAUGUUCAAGUACCAUCAAGUAUAUUUAGUUCAACGGUUAAAUAUUUUCAUAUAUUUAAUGCUAGUACUGGAUUAUUCCCAUUGCCAGAGUUACAAACCACAUCGUCACCGAUCGUUAAAUUGGGGUUUGGAGUAGACGCAACAAUUCCAUCGAGUUGGACAGGUUUUAAGAAUAUGACUGCGUUGUGGUUUGGUAAUACAUUUACAUCUACCAAUCCUGCACUAGACGUAACCACAACCAAAAUCAAUAAUAUUGAAAUUGAAAAGGCUCCAACUUUAUUUAAAACAUUUACGAGUUCAGCUGCCCCAUAUGCCUAUGUUCGUUCUCAACAACAAGCCCUAGUCAAUUGGUUCUCUUGGAAAGGAUCAAGUAGUUCUGGUUAUACUCCUUCAAUUGGUAGAUUUAAUAUUUAUGAUGGUUCAAGUAAAAUUGAUUUAUCAAAUAAUAAUUUAACAGGGAAUAUACCAUUACCAGUUAAUGGAGUAUUUGUUAAAUCAUUUUCAUUGACACUUGAUAAUAACUUGUUGACUGGAGUGGUACCAGAAGAUUUUUGUGGUUUAGAGAGUGAUGCAAUUAGUGUCGCCUAUAACAAGUUGGGAGACAAGGGAUCUGCACCUUCUAGUCUACAGGUCAACUGUACAAGCUUUGCCAUUACUGGAGUGUCGUCUAAUUUGAUCCCUACCACUGGUGGAUCGGUCACGGUUACUGGUACAAGUCUCGGUUGGACAGUUGGUGCUGCCAAGAAUAAUGUUCCAACUCCCCAGUUUAUCACUUUCAACACCAAAUUGUACUUUAACGUUCCAAAGGGUAUGGGUGUCAAUAUCACCUACCCAUACCUAUUCCAUAACCAACGUCAGUCGUACAACUAUACAUUCUCAUACAUGCCACCCAAUAUCACGGGUGCUACAGUCCAAAGUAACAAUCUGUACAUUCAAGGUAGCAAUUUUGGAGAGUCGACUGGUAUUAUCGUGACGAGUAUUGCCAACAAGACAAUCAGCUACAUUUCAGUCAGUGACACUCAAAUUCGUUAUUCAACCAACCCACUUGGCACUACUGUGCUCACCGACACCAUCUUUUGUGUUCGUCUCAACGUGUCUGGAAACUAUGUCGAAAAGGUUCUAGAUUAUCUGACUGGUACACCACUCUUGGUCAAGCCCUAUCCCAGUGUCAACUCGUCUGGUGGUGUUGUUACUUUUAAUGCUUCGCAUGUUGGUCAUGAUCCAACUCUUGUCUCCUUGUCCAUCAAUAAUAUUCCUUGUCCACUUACCAAGCAAAAUAAUGGUAUCUCCAUCACUUGUCAAGUUCCUCCAGGGUCUGGUUCCGUCCCCAUCUCCCUUAAAGUUUACAACUAUACUUUUACCGAUACUUUUACUUAUAGUCAAAAUAAUGGUGGCAGUACAACAACAGCAACCAGUAGUCAAAGUACCUCCUCUACUACUACCACCGCCACCACCACUACAUCUACAACUGGAAAUAAUCCAACUACAACCAGCUCAACAACAACAACAAUGACAACUACAAGUGAUCCAACUAGUUCUACUACAACAACAACUACAACUGAUGAUUUCCCAAGUAAUGCAUCAACUACAACAUGUUAUUCUUUUGGAUUUGGAUUAAUAAUUUUGGUAUUGUUCAAUUUAUUUUAA